CGCUGCUGUAGGAAGGAGAAGCCGCCUCCGGGCCGGCGGCCUGUACCACCACGAUGGUGGGGAGGAGAGUGAUGAAAGAGAGUUGGUCCUUCAUCUCCCGACGGGACCGUCUUGCCCUGCCCGGCUGCCCCGGUGACUGGAGGCAGCCGGCCGCUCAGCGCGGCUGGCACCGCUUCCAGCCCCGCCCCUGUCCGGAGUCUGCGGCCCGUCCCCCCUUCCUGGGCGGGUGGUUGCGUCCGGGUGAGGCCAGACUGUCCGGGGCGAGUGGCAGCCGAAGAUGGCGUUUCCUGGGCAGCCGGUGCCCGGCGGCGGUUUCUACCAGGGCGGGUAUGGAGGAGCUCCAGGAGGACCAGCAUUCCCUGAACAAGCUCCGGAUCCUUUGUAUGGUUAUUUUGCUGCAGUAGCAGGGCAGGAUGGACAAAUAGAUGCUGAUGAGCUACAGAGAUGUCUCACCCAGUCAGGGAUUGCAGGAGCGUAUAAACCUUUCAACUUAGAGACUUGCAGACUCAUGAUCUCAAUGCUGGAUAGGGAUAUGUCUGGCACACUGGGAUUUAAUGAGUUUAAAGAACUUUGGGCUGUGGUCAAUGGCUGGAAGCAACACUUUGUAAGUUUUGACAACGAUGGAAGUGGUACAGUGGAUCGCCAAGAGCUGGAGAAAGCCUUGAUGACUAUGGGAUUCAGGCUGAGCCCACAGGCAGUGACCGCGAUCACAAGGCGAUACAGCACUCAUGGCAAGAUUACAUUUGAUGAUUAUGUUGCCUGCUGUGUGAAACUCAGAGCUCUCACUGAAUGCUUUAGAAGAAGGGAUGUAUCUCAGCAGGGCUUUGUGAACUUCCAGUAUGAUGAUUUCAUACAGUGUGUUAUGAGCAUCUAAAUCAAAAGGAAGCAAGCCGUGGAUGAUCAUGAUUAACAUUCCAGUUUGUGUUUUGCUUUGCCAAAUCUUCCAAUGAUUGUGUAUCUCAGUAAUGGAAAUUACAUAUUUUUAUGAAGGUAUCACUUUGCACACUUGGUUGGGUUUUCUUAGUUUUUACAGUGAAUAUAAAUUACUCAUGUAAUACUGUCUUUAACUUGUAACUGUAACUAUUAAAGAUGUUUUUAUUCUCAUAAACUUGCAAUUCACUAUGUAUAGCUCAAAUUGUGCAGAUAGUAAGAUUUUUCUUGUAAUGUGUUUACUUCAUUCCUGUGGCGCACUAACACCAGUUCCUGGAGUGCAGCUUGCCUUUUUCUGUCUUAAACAGUAUCGUGUAUGACAUAAGAUGAUACAUAUUCUUUUCUCUUUGACAGCAUAAGACACGUGUACAAACUGAAAGAGCUUUUGGAAUGGUCAUUUUAGGCUGGUCUGUUAGAACAUCAGUAAGUUUAAGUUGCUUAUUUUGACAGCUAGCUAUCUUCAAGAUGAAGUCUGUGACAACAUGCACUGAGCACAAGAUUACCUGAUAGAACAACUCAUUAGGAGGGGUGCGACAAAGCACAGCAGAGAACUCACCUGGCAGUGUGCUCCUGCACAGGGGGCUUUUGCUCCAGUAAGAUUCUUGCUCUGUUUGUGUCACUAUAUAAAACACUUUUAAACAUACAAAAA